CUGCCCGCGCUCAUUUCAUUCCUCAACAUUCCACAAGAUGCUCGCAAGUACACUCCGCCGCUCCAGCGCCCGCGGGCUUCCGCGCAACAUCGGCCCCGGCCGCCGUGUGCUCUGCUCGGCACCAAAGGAACGCACCGUGAGCGCUUCCAUCCCACUCGGCGUCGGUGUCGCUACUGGUACGCUAACCCGCUCUACCAUCAAAUCGUGCGCUUUAGUCCGAAUAAUGACGUCUACUGCUGCAUUUCCAACUGCUCCUCAACUGUAGGCGGUAUGGCUGGUAUGGUUUCGGCGCUUACAGGUGUCGGUGGAGGCAUCAUCCUCAUUCCGGCGAUGGCCAAGUUCACGUCGUUGUCGCAGCAGGCCAUCAACGGUACUUCUCUGGGUGCUGUGGCCAUUGCUUCCUCUGUUGGAUCUUGGAAUUACCUCCAAACGGGAUCCUGCAACGUGCCAUUGGCACUCACCACGACUAUCCCAGCUAUCAUUGCUACUAAGUACGGUGUUCGCACUGCACACCGCCUCACCAGCAAGAAACUGUCGCUCGUAGUAGGCACAGCCUUGCUGUUCUGUUCACCACUGAUCUUCCUCAAGAACAGCCCAUACAUGCCCAAGUGGAGCGACAACCAAGACCCACUGGAUCUUCAGUUCUUCGUCCCUCAGCAAAAAGACUUCAACAAGGCUCGAGAGUCAGUUAAGGAAGGUGAAGAACACCCGUCCGUUGCAGCCACGUCCGCCGCAGUAUCUGCUGAAUACAUGGAGCGCGUAAAGGCUGACUGGGUGGGCUUUGCCAAGGUGAACGCCAAGUACGUGGUCGCUGGAGCUGCUGCAGGGUUCAUCUCGGGACUCUGUGGACUAGGUGGAGGUGUCCUCAUCACCUCCUACUUGACUGCUGCAAGUGAUAUGCCACAAGCUACUAUCAUCGGUACGUCACUCCUAUCAGUAGUGCCCACAGCUGCAUCGUCGACGGUGUUCAACCUACGGGCCAAGUCAAUCCAUCUGCCAACCGCUGCACGUAUCGGUGGCUCGCUGGCUGCUGGAGUGUACAUCACCUCCAAGUACAUUACCCACGACGUACCUGAGGACGUUCUACGUGGCGUAUUGGGCACUACACUUGGUGCUGCAGCUCUCGUCAUGAUGCGUCGUGCCAUUUAGACUUCGUAACUACAUGUAGACAGGUAGAGGAAAGCACUGCAUUGUUUACGACUCGUUUAGCUCUCUCGCCACACCAAGUUUCACUUGUUUUUCUUCUUCUCGUACACAGGCUCCAAGGUGGUUGGAUCCACUCCGAAGAUGUCAACGAAGUCCACAGUCGGGAUGCCCCAGCUCGUGGUCAUUUGCACGAACACACGGCGUAAGAGCAUCCCUUUCUUGCCAUUGAUGGUAGUCAACGCCAUCACAUUGCCGUGUUUGUCCAGACGUAACACGCAGUCGCGGUCACGCAGCGACGCGAUGCUCGCCAAGUGUUCACCCGGCACAUCUGACGGCUUAGAGUACACUUUGAUCGGGGUCGUCGUGUCCAACGACUUGCCGUCGGCCGACUUAACCCCAGCAUACACAACUGUAUUCGAGUUCUACCAUCAUAAAAAAUAUUAGCAACUUGUUUAAAAC